CACAUGCCCUUGUUCGUCAACGAGUCCUAGUCAGGCUGAAUCAUCAAUCUAGUAUCACUUCUCCAGAAGACGAUAGAGAUGUAGGAUCGUCUCUAGCUGGCCCCGUCAACUUGGAGAUCCGCGCGAUGGCACCGCGCUUUGCAAUACGAAAGCAGAGAAAUGGAACGAGAAGACAGUGGUAUCGGCGUCUACAAACGCCUCUGAACUACGUCAUAUCUGACAAACAGACGCGUGACAAAAUCGCCAUUGCUAUGAAAGCCAAGGCGCUGCAUAGUUUUUGCCAGAAGAACUUGGAUGCAAUUUGGAAGGAGCUGCUUGACCGCGGACUUGUAACCGACGAGAUGAGCUACGAAACGAUCCAAAGCAGCACACCAAGAGCUUGGUCGACCCCGAUUCCGGGGAUGUUGCUGGUGGCCCCUCAAAAGUCAUCAUAG